GAAGAUGGCUGUCCUCCUCUUUCGUUGUUUCUGGUUGUGUUUCUUCCUUGAUUUCGACUGGAGCUGCAAUUGUGAUGGUCAAAAGUUGUGUUUUUUUUUAAAAAAAAAUAAUCAUUAUGGGGGUUUCGAAAUGGAAGGAAAAAGUGGAGAAACAAUCCGGAAUCGUUCUCCGUUUUCUUGAUUCAAUCGUAGUUUCUCUUUGAAUGGAAGAAUUUGGUGUAUAGUUCGCUAUUUUGACGCUAUUUUUUGCAAGAAGCAUUUUUUAAAAUGUGCCGAUCUUUGUCCAUUGUGCUGAGCAUUUUCAAGUACCAAGGAUAUUAUCAUUGGUGGUGUCCAAAUUGUGUGUGUGUUUUUUUUCCUGUUUCAUGCGUGGAUGAGAAGAUGGAUCGGUACCAAAAGGUAGAGAAACCGAGGGAAGAGGCCCCGAUUAAUGAAAACGAGAUCCGUAUCACGGCUCAAGGGAGGAUGCGCAACUAUAUCUCGUACGCCACCAGCUUGCUUCAGGAAAACGGUUCAAAUAAGAUUGUAUUAAAGGCAAUGGGAAGAGCUAUUAACAAGACUGUUUUGAUUGUGGAACUGAUUAAGAGACGUAUAGUUGGCCUUCAUCAAAAUACUGUAAUUGGAUCUACUGACAUAACUGAUACAUGGGAACCAUUAGAGGAAGGCUUACUGCCGCUUGAGACUACAAGGCAUGUCUCAGUAAUCAACAUAACUUUAUCCAAGCAGGAGCUGGACAAAUCAGCUGUUGGGUAUCAACCCCCUUUGCCUAGAGAUCAGGUGAAACCCUUUGUUGAAUUUGACUACGAAGGAGAAGGAUCUCCUGUUGGUCGAGGCAGAGGGCGGGCUCGAGGAAAUGGCCAAACAGAAUACGAUGAUGGAAGUUGGGAUGAUAGAGUUCAUGGAUACAAUAGAGUUGGCUAUGGCCGAGGCAGAGGCCGACGGUACCCUGGGCGAGGCAGGGGUGGAUAUGGUGGCCAGCCUGAUUAUCCACCGGAAACCAGCGGCUACGCCUACAACGAUGAAGUUCCCAUAAACAAUCAGGGAAGAGGCCGUGGUCGCGGACAAGGUCCAACUCGAGGAAGGGGUCAUAACUUGAAACGGAAUGGACCGAUCAAUGUCGGUGCUUAACGGGUUGAUCUCACAUGCUAUAUUUCUGCAUUACAACUGGAUCGAUAGCGGCUGAGCAUUGGAAGAUUGUUCUGAUGCAAUGAACUUGACGAUUCCAGAGUUUUAGUUAGAUGCUAGGAUUUUGACCAUUGGAGAGCAGUACAUUCUUUCAUUCGUUGAAGAAAUUUUUUGUUUUAUUUGAA